ACAUACCAGGUAGCCGAAAAGUUGGAAAGUUGAAGAUAGCUUGCAACACCGUGGCAGUGGAGAUGGGUUGCGACACCGAGGCAACACGGAAAUUGAUUCGUGACAUCGAAAAGUUCAGUGAAACUCUGAAAUCCAAGAAAAAUGCCAGCGCAGAUCUCUCGAUCCUCGGCACCCUGAGGUCGCUGUUGAGGGAGAUCCUAAUCGACUCUCCGGAUAUGGAGGCCGCGAGAAAAUUAUUGAAUGCCUUCAAAGAUGUAGCGUUUGCCGACCUGAAAGACUACACUAUUGAACUCGUCACUCGUUCAUUGAAGCUAAUAACUUAUGAAUUCAAUGACUAUGAAUUCAUUUAUAAAGCCACCAAACAAGACGCAAACCUUGUUCGAUCCCUUCGCAAUGUCCUCAGAAUCUGCCUUGAAGGAAAACUUUCGGCUUGUGGCUGUACAGGAUGCCGGAGAAUCCUACGGCAAUGCGACGUAAUUUUUAACAAACUGGAAGAAGCCAUGGAAUGGAUGGAAGCCGCCAUUUUGCUCAAAGAUGAAAACAUUUUUAAAUGUUUCGAUAUAAAGAAGGCUACGAGUUUACGCUACUAUUUACUUGAACAAAAGUGCUCCGACUGCCGUACGAAGCUCGACACGGACGACAACUUCAUAAUUUUUAGCGACUGCACUCACGUCUUGUGUUUGCGGUGCUACCCAGCCACAUGUUCAGCCGGAGGCACGGCGUGUCCGCAGUGUCGGCGCAAGAGUCCCACUACGUUGGAGAGCUUCACCGUCAGUAAGAUGUUGGCCUUACGCAAAUGGAGGUCGAAGAAUCAGAGUCACGAAUACUUGGAUAGAUCAGUGCCGGGCCGUCACAGCGUCGUUGAAAUACAAACUUCACGAGGACUUUAUAUAGAGAUACAAACUACACGCGGACAUCAUGCAGAGAUUUUAGAUUUUCUCCAGAAUUUUAUUAGAUUUGAUAACGAUUAA